ACCGCGGGGAGGACGGCGGCGGCGCUGCGACUUUUGAAGUCCAAACUGUCGUCGGGGCUGGUGCCGCGCGCUGCCUCCGGGCGCCCGCUUCGCCUCCCGCGUCCUGCCUGGCUGCCCGGGUCCCCGCGGACCUUGGGUCGCUUUCGGGAGUUUAGAGAAAGCCAAGUCUUCACGUUCUUGUAGGUUGGAGACCUUAACGAAUUGCACAGCGCAACAAAGGGAACGAGAAUCCGGGCGCCUUCGCAACCGGAGCGGAAGCCGGAGUUGGCUGCGGCCCGCGUGCCCUCCCUGUCCGUGGGGCCCAGACGCGUGGGGACACCCCCGCCCCUCCACGCAUCCACUGAGUCUCUCCCUCUCUUGUCCUAGCCAUGGAAGGGCUGGAGGAGGCAGAGGCCAACUGCUCCGUCGCGUUCGCCGAGGCUCAGAGAUGGGUGGAGGCAGUGACAGAGAAGAAUUUUGAAACAAAAGAUUUUCGAGCCUCUCUAGAAAAUGGUGUUCUGCUGUGUGAUUUGAUUAAUAAGCUUAAACCUGGCGUCAUUAAGAAGAUCAAUAGACUGUCUACACCAAUAGCAGGAUUGGAUAAUAUAAACGUUUUCUUGAAAGCUUGUGAACAGAUUGGAUUGAAAGAAGCCCAGCUUUUCCAUCCUGGAGAUCUACAGGAUUUAUCAAAUCGAGUCACUGUCAAGCAAGAAGAGACUGAUAGGAGAGUGAAAAAUGUUUUGAUAACAUUGUACUGGCUGGGAAGAAAAGCACAAAGCAACCCAUACUAUAAUGGUCCCCAUCUUAAUUUGAAAGCGUUUGAGAAUCUUUUAGGACAAGCCCUGACGAAGGCACUUGAAGACUCCAGCUUCCUGAAAAGAAGUGGCAGGGACAGUGGCUACGGUGACAUCUGGUGUCCUGAACGUGGAGAAUUUCUGGCUCCUCCAAGGCACCAUAAGAGAGAAGAUUCCUUUGAAAGCUUGGACUCUUUGGGCUCGAGGUCAUUGACAAGCUGCUCCUCUGAUAUCACGUUGAGAGGGGGGCGUGAAGGUUUUGAAAGUGACACAGAUUUGGAAUUUACAUUCAAGAUGCAAGAUUAUAAUAAAGAUGAUAUGUCGUAUCGAAGGAUUUCGGCUGUUGAGCCAAAGACUGCGUUACCCUUCAAUCGUUUUUUACCCAACAAAAGUAGACAGCCAUCCUAUGUACCAGCACCUCUGAGGAAGAAAAAGCCGGACAAACAUGAGGAUAACAGAAGAAGCUGGGCAAGCCCGGUUUAUACAGAAGCAGAUGGAACAUUUUCGAGUGGACAUGAAAAGAAUCCUUUAAUUUCUCAGCAAAUUAGCAGAACAGAGUGUGGUUUUGCAAAUCCAGCUUCCUCUCACGGGGAGGCGUACGGUUUUGAAAGUGGUUCGGACUCUGAGGAUGAACGAAGGUUUCCUGACAUAGUUUUGGAUGACUUAGCCAACCGUAGAUUCCAAGUGAAAAAGAGGCCCCAGAAUUUCAUCUCGAAAAUCACCUCUCCUAAUUCUUGUCCGCAAAUACUUUCUCCUGCUGAUAUGUUCGCCAUGGGGCUGUAUGGACUGACGAGUAAUCAGAGGAGGAUUUGGGGCACCAAUGUGGAGAACUGGCCAACUGUACAAGGAACUUCAAAGUCCUCUUGUUAUUUGGAAGAGGAAAAAGCAAAGACAAGAAGCAUACCCAACAUUGUAAAGGAUGAUCUUUAUGUGCGCAAGCUGACUCCAGUCAUGCCAAACCCAGGGAAUGCUUUUGAUCAGUUUCUUCCCAAAUGUUGGACCCCGGAAGAUGUGAACUGGAGAAGAAUAAAAAGGGAAACUUAUAAGCCAUGGUAUAAAGAAUUUCAGGGAUUCAGUAGAAGGAAUUCAGAUUCUGAGGAUGAGGACUCAGGUUCUGCCAGAAGCGCCACCGUUUUUAGUAGAGCACAAAAAGCAGAGCGUAGGCUAGACGGCAGCUGCCAAAGACCUUCACUCUUGCUGGAAUUAGCUACCAAACGGGCUGUAAAAUCACCGGACUCCCAUGCAGCCAGGAGAAGCAGUAGUGCUUCGGAUGAGCCCAGUCAGUUUUUACUGCUUCAGGCCCUCCAAACAUACUCUGAUGACAUCUUGUCUUCUGAAACACAUACCAAAAUUGAUCCCACUUCUGGCCCAAGGCUCAUAACCCGCAGGAAGAAUCUCUCUUAUGCACCAGGCUAUAGAAGAGAUGACCUGGAGAUGGCGGCCCUGGAUCCUGACUUAGAGAAUGAUGAUUUCUUUGUCAGAAAGACUGGGGCUUUCCAUGCAAAUCCAUAUGUUCUCCGAGCUUUUGAAGACUUUAGAAAGUUCUCUGAGCAAGAUGAUUCUGUAGAACGAGAUAUAAUUUUACAGUGUAGAGAAGGUGAACUUGUACUUCCGGAUUUGGAAAAAGAUGAUAUGAUUGUUCGCCGAAUUCCAGCACAGAAGAAAGAAGUACCGCUGUCCGGGGCUCCAGAUAGAUACCACCCAGUCCCUUUCCCCGAACCCUGGACUCUUCCUCCAGAAAUUCAAGCAAAAUUUCUCUGUGUACUUGAAAGGACAUGCCCAUCCAAAGAAAAAAGUAAUAGCUGUAGAAUAUUAGUUCCUUCAUAUCGGCAGAAGAAAGAUGACAUGCUGACACGUAAGAUUCAGUCCUGGAAACUGGGAACUGCCGUGCCUCCCGUCAGUUUCACCCCUGGCCCCUGCAGUGAGGCCGACUUGCAGAGAUGGGAGGCCAUCCGGGAGGCCAGCAGACUUAGGCACAAGAAAAGGCUGAUGGUGGAGAGACUCUUUCAAAAGAUUUAUGGUGAGAAUGGGAGUAAGUCCAUGAGCGAUGUCAGCGCAGAGGAUGUUCAAAACUUGCGUCAGCUGCGUUACGAGGAGAUGCAGAAAAUAAAAUCACAAUUAAAAGAACAAGAUCAGAAAUGGCAGGAUGACCUUGCAAAAUGGAAAGAUCGUCGAAAAAGUUACACUUCAGAUCUGCAGAAGAAAAAAGAAGAAAGGGAAGAAAUUGAAAAGCAGGCACUUGAGAAGUCUGAGAGAAGCUCUAAGACGUUUAAGGAAAUGCUGCAGGACAGGGAAUCCCAAAAUCAAAAGUCUACAGUUCCUUCGAGAAGAAGAAUGUAUUCUUUUGAUGAUGUGCUGGAUGAAGAAAAACGACCCCCUACACUGACUGUGUCAGAAGCAAGUUACCGGAGUGAGAGAGUAGAAGAGAAGGGAACAACUUAUCCUUCAGAAAUUCUCAAAGAAGAUUCUACAACUUUUGCAAAAAGAGAGAACAGUGUAACAACUGAAAUUCAGCUUCCUUCUCAAAGUCCUGUGGAAGAACAACGCCCAGCCUCUUUGUCUUCUCUGCGUUCACUGAGCACACAAAUGGAGUCGACUCGUGUUUCAGCUUCUCUCCCCAGAAGUUACCAGAAAACUGAUACAGUCAGGUUAACAUCUGUGGUCACACCAAGACCUUUUGGCUCUCAGACAAGGGGAAUCUCAUCACUCCCCAGAUCUUACACGAUGGAUGAUGCUUGGAAGUAUAAUGGUGAUGUUGAAGACAUUAAGAGAACUCCAAACAAUGUGGUCAGCACCCCUGCACCAAACUCGGAUGCAAGCCAACUGGCUUCAAGCUCAUCUAGCCAGAGAGAGGUAGCAGCAACAGAAGAAGAUGUGACAAGGCAGCCCUCUCCUACAUCCCCCUUCUCAUCUCUUUCCCAAGACCAGGCUGCCACUUCUAAAGCCACACUGUCUUCCACAUCUGGUCUUGAUUUAAUGUCUGAAUCUGGAGAAGGGGAAAUCUCCCCCCAAAGAGAAGUCUCAAGAUCCCAGGAUCGGUUCAGUGAUAUGAGAAUCAGCAUAAACCAGACGCCUGGGAAGAGUCUUGACUUUGGGUUUACAAUAAAAUGGGAUAUUCCUGGGAUCUUCGUAGCAUCAGUUGAAGCAGGUAGCCCAGCAGAAUUUUCUCAGCUACAAGUAGAUGAUGAAAUUAUUGCUAUUAACAACACCAAGUUUUCAUAUAAGGAUUCAAAAGAGUGGGAGGAAGCCAUGGCUAAGGCUCAAGAAACUGGACACCUAGUGAUGGAUGUGAGGCGCUAUGGAAAGGCUGACUGGGGCAAAGACCAACCUUCCCUGCCAUUUAUACGGCAUAAAACCCUCAAUCUCACCAGUAUGGCUACCAAAAUUAUAGGUUCACCUGAGACAAAGUGGAUUGAUGCAACUUCUGGAAUUUACAACUCAGAAAAAUCUUCAAAUCUAUCUAUAACGACCGAUUUCUCCGAAAGCCUUCAGAGUUCUAAUAUUGAAUCCAAAGAAAUCAAUGGAAUUCAUGAUGAAAGCAAUGCUUUUGAAUCAAAAGCAUCUGAAUCCAUUUCUUUGAAAAACUUAAAAAGGCGAUCACAAUUUUUUGAACAAGGGUCAUCAGGCUUUUCUUACAGUUCAUGGGUCUACCUCUGUGGAAGCUCUGAUUCGGUGGUUCCUGAUCUUCCAGUUCCAACCAUCAGUGCCCCGAGUCGCUGGGUGUGGGAUCAAGAGGAGGAGCGGAAGCGGCAGGAGAGGUGGCAGAAGGAGCAGGACCGCCUACUGCAGGAAAAAUAUCAACGUGAGCAGGAGAAACUGAGGGAAGAGUGGCAAAGGGCCAAACAGGAGGCAGAGAGAGAGAAUUCCAAGUACUUGGAUGAGGAACUGAUGGUCCUAAGCUCAAACAGCAUGUCUGUGACCACACGGGAGCCCUCUCUUGCCACCUGGGAAGCUACCUGGAGUGAAGGGUCCAAGUCUUCAGACAGGGAAGGAACCCGAGCAGGAGAAGAGGACAGGAGACAGCCACAAGAGGAAGUUGUUCAUGAGGACCAAGGAAAGAAACCGCAGGAUCAGCUUGUUAUUGAGAGAGAGAGGAAACGGGAGCAAGAGCUUCAGGAAGAGCAAGAGCAGAAGCGGCUUCAGGCUGAGACUGAGGAGCAGAAGCGCCCUGCGGAGGAGCAGAAGCACCAGGCAGAGAUAGAGCGGGAAACGUCAGUCAGAAUAUACCAGUACAGGAGGCCUGUUGAUUCCUAUGAUAUACCAAAGAGAGAAGAAGCAUCUUCAGGUUUUCUUCCUAAUGACAGGAAUAAAUCCAGAUCUACUACUGAACUGGAUGAUUACUCCACAAAUAAAAAUGGAAGCAAUAAAUAUUUAGACCGAAUUGGGAACACGACCUCUUCACAGAGGAGUUCCAAGAAAGAGCAAGUACCAUCAGGAGCAGAGUUGGAGAGGCAGCAAAUCCUUCAGGAAAUGAGGAAGAGAACACCCCUUCACAAUGACAACAGCUGGAUCCGACAGCGCAGUGCCAGUGUCAACAAAGAGCCUGUUAGUCUUCCUGGGAUCAUGAGAAGAGGCGAAUCUUUAGAUAACCUGGACUCCCCUCGGUCCAAUUCUUGGAGACAGCCCCCUUGGCUCAAUCAGCCCACAGGAUUCUAUGCCUCUUCCUCCGUGCAAGACUUUAGUCGCCCACCACCUCAGCUGGUGUCCACAUCAAACCGCGCCUACAUGCGGAACCCCUCCUCCAGCGUGCCCCCGCCUUCAGCCGGCCCUGUGAAGACCUCCACCACAGGUGUGGCCACCACACAGUCCCCCACCCCGAGAAGCCAUUCCCCUUCAACUUCACAGUCAGGCUCUCAGCUGCGCAACAGGUCAGUCAGUGGGAAGCGCAUAUGCUCCUACUGCAAUAACAUUCUGGGCAAAGGAGCCGCCAUGAUCAUCGAGUCCCUGGGUCUUUGUUAUCAUUUGCAUUGUUUUAAGUGUGUUGCCUGUGAGUGUGACCUCGGAGGCUCUUCCUCGGGAGCUGAAGUCAGAAUCAGAAACCACCAGCUGUACUGCAACGACUGCUAUCUCAGAUUCAAAUCUGGACGGCCAACCGCCAUGUGAUGUAAACCUCCAUACGAAAGCACUGUUGCAGAUAGAAGAAGAGGUGGUUGCUGCUCGUGUAGAUCUAUAAAUAUGUGUUGUAUGUCUUUUUUGCCUUUUUUUUUUUUUAAGAAUAACUUUUUUGCCUCUUUAGAUUGCAUAGAAGCAUUGUAGUCUUGGUAGAACCAGUAUUUUUGUUGUUUAUUUAUAAGGUAAUUGUGUGUGGGGAAAAGUGCAGUAUUUACCUGUUGAAUUCAGCAUCUUGAGAGCACAAGGGAAAAAAUAAGAACUUAAGAAUAUUUUUGAGGCAGAUAACGAUCUAGUUUGACUUUCUAGUUAGUGGUGUUUUGAAGAGGGUAUUUUAUUGUUUUUUUAAAAAAGUUCUUAAACAUUAUUUGAAAUAGUUAAUAUAAAUACAUAAUUGCAUUUGCUCUGUUUAUUGUAAUGUAUUCUAAAUUAAUGCAGAACCAUUUGGAAAAUUUCAUUAAAAUCUAUCCCCAAAUGUGCUUUCUGUAUCCUUCCUUCUACCUAUGUAUUCUGAUUUUAAAAAAAUGCAGUCAAUGUACCAUUUAUUUGCUUGAUGAAGGGAGCUCUAUUUUCUUUACCAGAAAUGUUGCUAAGUAAUUACCAAUAGAAAGCUGCUUAUUUUCAUUAAUGAAAAAUAACCAUGGUUUGUAUACUAGAAAUCUUCUCCAGAAACUGGUGAGCCUUUCUGUUCAGUUGCAUUUGUAAAUAAACUUGCUGAUGCAUUUAA